AUGCACGUGGACUCUCCUCUUCGGACGCAGCAAGGAGAUCGUCGAACAAUGGAGCGACGAAAGGAUCGAAGCCGAGAUAGUCAACGCCGAACGAGUUUGGGAGGACAAUCUCCUCGUCGCGGGACACGCGCAAUACCUGAACAUAGGAAUGAAGGAAGAUCGUGCGAGCGUCGCGUGGCUGAAGUAGACGGCGGAGGUGAUAGAGUCGGAGUUCGCGAGUUUCGAGAAGGUGGCGUUGGACGUGGAUUUCGACCGACUUGGGAUCCGUCUCAAGACGGUCGACGAGUCCCAGACGAACCUGAGACGUACGCGAGACCCACGUCGUCUUCGACGCCGGCGACUCCCAAGUCCGUCCCGCUGGAAGAUCUCGAUGCUCACCGUCGAGAAUCGGCGAAGGAGGACGAACGUACGUUGGAACUGGGCAACCAGAAGCUGAACGAGGUGCAGGACAAACUUGCGGAAAAGGAACGAAAACUGACCGAAGCCAGAGUCGUCAUACAGAAAUUAAAAGACGAAAUACACGAGGCGAAGAUGUCCGCGUUGAGAGAAUCUUCCGACGUUCGCAGCAUCGCGGAGGAAGAGGUCGAACGUCUCAAGACCGAACUCGCUUCCAAGACGGAUGCCCUGAAGGAAAGGGAUCUGGACGUGGUUCGCUUGGAAUCGGAUCUGAAAGCCGCGUGGAGAAAGUCGAAGCAGCCGCCACCUGAAGAGAGCGGACUCGAGCUGCAGCAAAAGCUGCAGGAAGCCGUCCGCAAACUGAAAGACCGAGAGAGAUCGCACGCCGACUUGGAAGAGGAGUUGGAAGAGAAAGACGACAAAAUUAGUGCGCUGAAGAAAGAGUCGACGCUCGCCAAGACCGCGAUGUCCAUGUACGAAAAGCGGGUGAACGUCUUGGAAGAAAACUUGAAAACGGCUUGCAAGCGAUACAACGAGGAAGUGAAAAGCAGACGGAUUGUGGAGGCGGCCGCGAAAAAGGCAGACGAGCACGCGCAAUCCAUGGCCGACAAGAACGUCGAAUUGCAGCGAGAACUGUUAAGACGGCAACCCGAAGAGUCUACGAAAUGGAAGAACCUGAAGGAGGAGGUGGAAGCGAACGCCAGGAGGAUCGAAAGUAUCGACGACGAACUUCGCGCGUCGAAACGGACGCUCGUCGACAGAGACAGACUGAUUUCGGACAAAGAUCGAUCGACGUCCAACCUGAAGAAGGAAAUCGCCACUCUCAGAGACGAACUUCGUGCCGAAAAGGACAAGGUGGCAACAGCCGUGAAGGAACGCAGCGACGACGACGCCCGAAGUUCGGUGACGCUCGAGAAGAUGAAAGACGAAUUGCGACUGGCGAACCGGGAAGCGGCGGCUGCAAAGGACCUCCAACGACGGUCGGCGACGAAGCUGGAAGAGACCGAGAAGCAGGUGGAGAGUCUGAAGGAACGGUUGGAUGAAAAAGGUCGCUCGACUGCCAACGCGAACAAGGAGAUCGCCUCCCUCAGAGACGAACUUCGUGCCGAAAGGGAAAAGGGGGCAACGGCUUCCAAGGAACGCAUCGACGGCGACGCCCGACGUUCGGCAAUUCUCGAAAAGAUCAAAGAGGAUCUGCGACUGGCGACUCGCGAAUUGGAGACUGCCAAAGACAGGGAACGACGGUCGGCGAAGAAGUUGGAAGAGAGCGAGAGGGAGGUCGAGAGUCUGAAGGAGUGGACCGACAUUCUCCGAACUGAGAUUGCCGAUCUUAAGGAAAAGCUGGCUGAGGCCACUCGAAAGGAGUCUUCGCUGAUCAAGGAUGUCGAACAAUUAACCGCCCUGAAGGAUGAGAACGAAAAGGAGAGUAGGAGGAUGGAAAAGCAGCUUUCCGAUAAAGAUCGCACGGCUAUCGACUUGCGGAACGAAAUCGACACCCUGGAAGAGAAAAUGAAACGGAACGGAAGUGAUAUUGACGAUCAAAUGACGGCCUACAAAGAAGAGAUUGAAAGAAACGUGAAGAGGAUGAAAGAGUUGGACGCUACGAUCGCGAAGAAGAUUCGAGAGGCGGCCGGUCUCGAAGACGAGAUCGUCGUCCUCAAAGAAGGGAAGGAACGUGACGGACGGAAAAUAAAAGGAUUGGGGGUGCAGCUCGCUAACAAAGGACGCGAGGCGACCACUCUCAAAGACGAGAUAGCCGCAUUGCAAACGGACCUCUCGAGAGCGCGCGAAGAAUGCAGGGACGACCUGAGUGCCGAACUUUCCAUCCUUCUAGAAAAAUGGUCCCGAAAUCUGCUGGAGUCGAUGUUGGCCAAUCCGGACAGGCGCGAUCAGAGACGGGCAGCGAUGGCCUCGUUCUUCCGUUUGGUGGUCGAUCCGAUAUCGGUGGUGAGGGACGCGUCGACGACGAGACACGAGACCGCCUUCCGAACAUGGAUGGAAGCGUGCGAAGUGCCCGCCGAGAGCGUUUGCGAUUACGUCGACGGACUGAAGGGCGUGACUCUGAAGACGAACGUCGAAGACGACCUGACAAGCCUGUACAAAUGUCUACUCACCUGGCACGUAUUUCUAGCCAUGCCCGAUUCGGGGGGAGGCGGCUUCUCUCGCAUCAUCAACAGGGGCGACGUGGACGGUAUGCCGGACGCGGACGGGCUCUGCUUUCUCUACGACGACCGUCGCUUUCUGGUCAGGAGAGGGGACCGAAUGAUGACGUUCGUUUACGAGCGAGCGCUCGAAUCGUGCGUGGCUUGGAUCUACCACGGACCGUUACCGAUCUCGUCCUCUACGGUAACGAACGUGCUGUUCCACGCUGGUUUCGACGACGAUCGACAUGAGAUCGGCGAACAGGAGCGCGAGACGGNNGAUUCCGUUCCUGCGGUGGUGCACUACUGCUUCCUGUCGGCCGUCGGCUUCGGCAACGGGGUGCUGUUGGCGUACGCGAUGAAGCGACUCACCGCCGACGGCGACGACGACGACCACCACGAUAACGAGAAGAAGAAAAAGAAGGAGGAGCAGAGGAAGAUCUCCAUUAUUGUAUAA